AUGGAUAUUAAUUCUUUACUUUCCCCGGAUUCGAAUCCACCCGCGACUCAAAAUCCUACGAACCCCGGGAUGGAUACGCUGGCAGAUCUUGCUGCCAUGCAGCAUCAUCAGCCGCAUCGUCCCAACGCCCCGAGCUUGCUUCGUAGCACUGAGUCGUACGAACAUCAACUAUCGCCGUCUCCGAUAAACCCCCACAGCAACCAGGCUGUCAACCACAACACGCCAACACCUCGUACAUCAUUCGAUAUUGCGAUGUCAGACGUUCCACAGGAAAGCGCCCAGCGCAACUACGUGCAGACGUCAUUAGAACCAGAAGCUCAGCAAAAGGCAACUAUUCUUUUUACCGAAAUCCAGAAGAACCCCCAUUCUUACGACGCACACGUCCAAUUUAUCGGCGUGUUGCAUGCUGGUUUUAUGAAUCACGUGUACCCUCCGAACGACCCUGAUAUGCACGGAGACCCAAGACUUUAUGAUCUGCUCAAGGACAUGCGCACGGCACGUGAGGAGAUGGACAAGCUCUUCGCAAUGGGUGAGGAUCUCUGGGCCGAAUGGCUUCAGGAUGAGAGCAUGCUAGCCCAUUCGUUAGAUGAGUGCAUUGCUGUGAUGGACCUGUGCAAGCGCUCGGUCGAAGAAGAGUAUGGCAGUACAAAGCUCUGGAUCGUCUAUGGCGAGUGGGUUCUGCAUAUUUACGAAGCUGGCCCUGAAAAGUGGACUGAAGCAGAGCGCACGAAGGCACGUGAGGUUUUCAACAUUCAGACUGUGUUACAAGUGUGGCAGGCCGCUGCAGAGGCUACCAAAUGGAGAAUUAAUGAUAGUCACCUUGUGUGGGAUCGUUUACUUGACCUCUACAUCCGCCACUUUGGCCCUUCACCUUCGCCAAGGGAAAAUGAUCAGCUACUCAAGUUCUACCAAGCCCGCUUGCAAAUUCCGCACGCAACAUGGGAGGAGACAUUUAUCAAAUUCGAAGAAUUCAUCGAUGUUAAUUAUCAGCGCAAUUGCAAGCGUCUGGUGUCAUCAAUUCUUCAUGAUCAAAGAGUCAGGAACUGUUACGCUUCGCGCGCUCCUUUUGAAUCACGACUGAGCUACGCACAGGCAUGUCAGGACAAGACUCUGGAGCGGGAAGUAUGGUCCGAAUAUCUUUUGAUGGAGGCGCGCCAAAAGCGCUCUAAGCUCGAACUGGAAACUGCAUUCGCGCUUUUGAACAGUCUCUACCAGCGAGCACUUCUUCGUUUCCCUGUGGAUGUAUCUCUAUGGGAAGACCUUGUGAUGUUUCUUGUCGACCAGUCAUUGCACCAUGCCAAUCGCCCAAUCCUUGCGACCCUUGAUCGCGCAACACGCCAUUGUCCUUGGUCUGGUGAUCUCUGGUCCCAGUACCUGCUCAGUUUUGAGCGAGAAGAGCGGUCCUUUACAGAGAUUGCGGGGAUUAAACACAAGGCCACAAGCACAGGCCUCCUUGAUGUCGGUGGAAUCGAGGAGGUACUGAAGGUCCAAGCUGCAUGGUGCGGCUAUCUCCGCCGACGCGCCUUCCUCCCAGACUCCCUCGAUGAGGAUAUGGACGUCGCGUCUGUCGGAAUUGUCUCGGCAAAAGAGAGCUUGACUGAAUUAGGUACAAAAAUUUACGGGGCAGCAUAUCAAGGUGACCCUUUAUUUCGUCUGGAACGAAUCCAUAUCCGCUUCCUCAGUGAAAGUGGUAGCUGGGACAGUGCUCGGGAGAUCUUCAAGAGUCUUAUCGCGCAUCGCGGUACCAGUUAUGAAUUUUGGCUCACCUACUACCAAUGGGAGAUCUCUGCGUGGUCCAAGUUCAUUCAAGUAGAAGCGACUGCGGAUGUUUCACGUCGCACUUCUAAUCCGAGCUAUGCAACUGCAGUUUUGAAACAGGCAAGCAAGCGGAAGGACCUAGACUGGCCCGAAAAGAUUAUGCAAGCCUACAUUGCUCACUGUCAGGACUACGAAGAUACAGAGGAGCUGCAAAUCGCUUGUAUCUUAACCCGACGAACAAUGAAGGCUGUGAAUGCACAGAGGGCUCAGGCCCAUGAAGCUGCAGUCGCGGCUGCGGCCUCGGCUGCUCAAUUCGCUCCCCCAGCGGACAAGAGGAAACGCCUCACCGAAGACAAUAACGGCGAGCCCGAUGGCAAGAAGGCACGGAGUGAUGAGCCAGUUUCAGCGGUCGAAAUCGAGCCUGUCGCCCCUGCUUCAGUUGAGCCCGUCCGUGACCGUGAGGGCUCCACCAUCCUAAUGACAAAUCUGCCUCCAGAUGUUACUGAGACGAAAAUCUCAGAAUUUUUCCACCUUGUUAGUUGGGAUGAGUGCCGCGAUGUCAAAAUCUUUCCGCCGGAUGAGGACGAGAAUGAAACGAGAGCGACUGCGGUCGUGGAGUUUUGUAACAAAAGCGCGGCUGUGAGCGCUGCCACCCGUGAUAUGAAGCCAUUCAAUCCCCGGCACAAACAGAGGGAUAUCGUUCGCGUUUACCAAGAUACUGGACUCCUCUGGGUGUCUAAUUUCGUUGACGCCGCGGACGAACAAUACAUGCGCAAUCUGUUCAAGAAGUACGGUAAAAUUGUUGAUGUGCGCUUCCCUUCUUUAGCCAAGCAUAUUCAUCGAAAAUUCUGCUACGUGCAACUCCUUACACUGAAGGAAGCGACGGCUGCUUUGGAAUUGAACGGAAUGAUGAUUGACGGAAAAUUAUUAAUUGUGAAAAUAUCUGCCCCGCCGUUGGAUAAAAAUACCAAGAAAGUCCAAGAUAUUGAGGCUCGUGCGCUGAAGAAAGAUAUUGGCAGUCGUGAGCUGUACUGCAACAACCUUGCCUACAGCUGGACUGACCAAGACCUCAUUGAUGCCUUUGCCAAAUUCGGCACAGUUGAGACGGCAUGGGUUGCAAAAGACCACAAUGGUAGAAAUAAGGGUUGGGGUAAAGUGCGUUUUGCUACGAAGGAGGAAGCCACUUCUGGCCUCGCACUAGACGGUGUAGAGGUCGGACCACGACGCAUCCAUUGUGAACUCGUUAAGGAACGGGGUGGAGAUGGGGACAAGCUUCGCAAGGAAAUCUCCCCCGAUGAAGAGAAUCGGACUAUCGCUGUGUUGAAUUUGCCCGACACUGUCAACCGUGAACGAAUUGCCGCUUUGUUCGAACCAUAUGGAGAACUCGUGAAAGUCGAGAGACAUUUCCAGCACGGAGGUGCCUUCGUCGUGUUCUCUAAUGUCGCUGAUUCUGGCAAGGCGAGAUUGGCGCUUUCCGGUACCAACUUUUCCGGUGUGACGCUUCAAUUCGGCACCGUGAAGGAAAUGAAACGCCAAGGACCGAGUGGAGCUGAGGUGGAGCCGCCAGCUGCCUUGGCUGCAGCUGGCCAUAAUGCCUAA